AUGAGCCUCCGGCCUCCCCCCUCAGCAGACGCAGCAGCAGCAGCAGCAGCAGCGCCAGCCACGCCCAACUGGCCCAGUUCCCCCUACACACCAGCAGCAGCUGCUGCUCCUGCUGCUCCUGCUGCUGCUGCUGCUGCUGCUCCCUUCCAGCCUGCUGCCUCCCCUGGCUGGGGGCCCCUGGGGGGCCCUCCUUGGGGGCCCCCUUGGGGGCCCCCCUAUGAUCUCCGCUCUUUAGUUCAGUACCCUCCGACUCUUUUCCCAGGCCCAUCAGGGCCCCUUGGGGCCCCUACGGGGGCCCCCUUGGGGCCCCCCGGGGCUGCAGGGGGGCCCCCCUUGGGGCCCCCGGGGGCCCCUACGGGGGCCCCCCUGGGGCCCCCUGGGCCUUUCGGGGCCCCCGGGGGCCCCCUGGGGGCCCCCAACGAUUUGGGGGCCCCCCAGCUGGUGGAAGUAAACGCGAGGGUUUCGGCGUUAAUGGAUUUGUAUCAGCAGCAGCUCGUUGAGCUCAACGCGGCGCACACAAUGCUCCUCGCAGACCAAGAACAACUUGCUGCGCUGCUGGGGGCCCCCCUAAACCCUCAGGGGCCCCUCAGCGAAGAUUUGCUGCUGCUGAAAAAGGGUUUAGAUUUGCGGCUGUUGGAGUUUCAAGAAGACUGCAGGAGAAUUCAAAAAACGGAGAAGAUGCUGCAGCGGCAGCUCGACGAGCUUUCUCUCGGCUACGACGCGAUGGUUCUCGAGGCCCAGGGCUUCGCGGAGUCAAAACUCAUGGGCCAAGUCAAGGACCUCAAAAAGAUCAUCUACUUGCUGCAGACAGAACUGGACGCGCUGCACUUCCAAAGAGAUGUUUACGCUGAUGAGGCCAAAAGGCUCCGAGGGGUUUGCCGCUACGGAGACUGGAUUCAAGACGGCCUCGCUGACCCCCUCAAGCAGCCCGAGCUGACCCCCCGGACUUUACACCAGAAGUACAGCGGGGCCCCUGUGGAGCACCAGGCCAAAGCCAUCAUAGGCCGCAGAGAACCCCAAAGGGCCCCCAGGGGGCCCCCCAGGGGGCCCCCCAGGGGGGCCCCCCCGUGGGUUUAUUCGGAAGAAGAUGCAGACGAGGGGCCCCCGGGGGGCCCCCAGGGGGGCCCCCCAGGGGGGCCCCCCGGGGGGCCCCCAGCAGCAGAGGAGGCCCCCGAGAGCCUCCCCAUUUGGACCCGAAUUAUAUCUGGGUGGCUCCCAGGUACCUCUGGGGCUACUCCGGGGGGCCCCCCAGGGGGGCCCCCCCAGGAGGCCCCUAGGGGGGCCCCCAAGAAGCCCCCGAAGGGGGCCCCCCGGGGGGCCCCCCGGGGGCCCCCCGGGGCCCCUCCCAGGGGGGCCCCCCGGGGCCCUCCUAAGGAAGAAGCAGCUCGCAGAGGUCUUGACUGGGGGCCCCCGGGGGGCCCCCCCGGUGCAGGCCCCUCGGAGGGGGCCCCCAGGGGGGCCCCCGGGGGGCCCCCCAGGCCGCGGCCUUCCCGCAGCGACGAGGGGCCCCACCUCCUCUAUGACCAGCCGGGGGGGGCCCCCUUGGGGGCCCCCCAGCGCGCUGCGGGGGGCCCCCAGUGGGGCCCCCGGGGGGCCCCCCUGGGGUCCCCAGAGAGCUCCGAACCCUCCGAGGGGCCCCCCUCCACAGAGAGCAGAGGGUACGAGGGGCCCCGGAGGCACUCUGCUGCAGCAGCAGCAGCAGCAGCAGCAGCAGCGGGGGAGGGGCCCCGGGGGGGGCCCCCCGUCCCGCCUGCUGCUGCAGGGGGCCCCCAAAGAAGGGGGCCCCCCGAGGGAGACCCUGCGCAGCAACUCCUCAGCAGAAUCCAAAGACUGGGAUCGAGAACGAUCCCAUCUCCCCAGGCAGUUUCCCCAGAGGUUUCUUACCGCAGGGGGCCCCCUGAGUGGGGUGGGGGGCCCCCCUGCUCAGCAGACAAGCCUCGUCGGCCUUCCUAG